CGGGCAGUAAAGCGACUUUCACGUUGGAUUCUGUUGACGUAAAAACCCUCCAGACAAAGACAGUUGUGAUUAAAACAACUGCUGGGCGUUUGAUACGAUAUAUAUUAAUGAUAUUUGAUCAAAUAUUGCCUGCGUCAUAACGACACGAGUGGUUCAGUUUGAACAGACACAUGAAGGAUAAAAGGAGGACGAUGUGAAAAAAAACCUGCCUCGACUUCGCAGCUGUGAGGUUUUUAAUUUGUAAUAAUUAAAAGAAAAUUAGGUUCCCAACAUGUCUGACGUGGUUCCGACCACCUCAGACGGUCUGUGCAAACUCGUCCGCUGGGCUCACAGCCACGGCACCAUCUGCAACCUCAUCCCCAGCGCGCAGCACCUCGCCCGGGGAUCUCACGUCAACGCGCUGACCCCGGAACCCGGGCCCCACGGCAGCGCGGUCCCUGUCGUGAUUUGGGGCUGUGGCGCCGGACACGCCUACCACUGGCCCCUCGGCGACCAUAGCGCCGACGGCGGCGGAGGCUCAGCCAAUUCCAGCCAGGCACAGGAGAGGUUUGUUGGAGGACGUCCGUCCAAUAAGGUGGCAGCGAGGACGUCAUGUGACCCCUCCUGCAGCGAAGCGGCAUCAGGGGGGGAGGAGUUCAGCCGACGGCUACAAGACACCGCCGGAUGCGAUUCGUCAGCCACAGACGACGACAGCGACUACGAGCCCCGUCCGGCCAGAAAAAGAGGCGGGGCGACAAGAGGUGCGGUGGCGGCGAGGAGGGUCAAGCAGGAAGCGACCUCGGCAGAGGAGUAUGACGCUGUUGCUCAGCCCCAGCGUGGACACAGUCUGGGGUGUGAGGGGUCAGUGGACCCCGAGGUGGAGCAGGCCGAGAGAUGCAGCUCCGCCACAGAGACCACAGGCGGCCUGAGUGAGCUGCAGAAGCUGCAAGCGUUACUUAGUGCAGAGCGCAGCCGGAACCAGCACAUGACAGAGAUGAUCUACAGUCUGAAGCAGGACAAAGAGCUGCUACAGCAGGAGCUCACAAAGAAGGCCGAGCUCAUCUGCGACUUCCUGCAGGACAAGCUGCGGCCGGAAAAGAGUUGGCCUCGUUGCUCUAACCAGAUGGACCCGGGGAGUUCCCACAUGACCUCCUCCGAGGACGUGGUGGGGUUCGAUUCGCCGACGCUGUUCGACUCGUUGGACGAAAUGGAGCUGCACCCGCUCGAGCACCACCGGACCCUGAAAAGCAAGAGGAGCCGGGAAGGAGAAAACACCAGAGUCAGGAGUAAAGUGAAAAACGUGGUGGGCGUGAUAGCGCGCUACAUGGCCGCGCUCCAGGAGUUUCGCCGCAGCGUCUCCAUGAAAGUGGCGUUCGACCGGGUCGGAGUGGACCGCAACACGAUAUCGCGCACGGCCGCCAUCGCCGAGCUCAGCCUGGCCGCCCCGGAGGUGUUCCAAGCGCUGGCGCCGUGGGACGAGAAGGAGGAGACACUGGCGAACUACACUCACCGCUGUCGACAGGCGAUGGAUGACGCCAUCAAGGCAAAGAUUAAAACGAUGAAGGCGAAAGGGGAACUGCUGCCGAUCGUGUCGAAGUGAGAGGCCGUUACAGAUGAGGCGCAGUCAGACUGAUUCAAGAGGCCAAAGAUGCUCAGUUCUUGGAUUCUCUUGUUCCAAUGAUUCUGAGCCUCUCGUGGUGGUGCUCAGCUUGUCACAGGAAACACUUCUUAUCCUUUUCAGUGGAUUUCUCCUUAUGUAGUUGUGACUCUUUAAUUAAUAAGCUCUUGUUCUCAGAUCCUGUGCGACCGUCACCAGCACAAUUGUUUUACACUGUACGUUCCAGCGGUGGUUCAUUCCCACGGAAGCAUCAAGACACAAUCUGUAAUGGUCACUCAAAUGACUGUAUUUAAAUAAAAUGAAAGCUGUGUUUCA